CUGAUUAGUUACUGUAGACACUGUUACAAGGUCAUGGACGGUUGCUAAAUAACUCACGAAUUUCUCUAUUCUCUGGGAAAACCUGGGUUUAUUUCAAGAUGUUUCCAGCUUUCGGGGAGGAAAUAUUUGCUGGUAUUAUUUGGGUGUUUACGAAGUAUGAUACCAGAAGCGAACUAGAUGCAACAAAGUGUGCAUAUCGAUUAUAUGUUUUGUAAGCUAUACGACUGCAUGCAAGCAGAGGGUCUAGUAAAUCAUGUCGGCUACAGAAUUUAAAGUAGAAGUUGGAAGUGAAUCUGACGUGGUAGAUGAUGUCAAUAUUACCUGCCCAAAAAACCCAGGACAUGAAGGAUUUAUACCCUUUACGGAUUUAUCCAUGGAGCAUCUUCCAGAAGAAUGGAGGAUUGAUAAAGUAUUGGAGUUCAUCAAGUAUCGAGCCAAGCUGGUAGUUCGACUCGUUAUCAUCCGGCCAGACCAAACGAAAUGGUACGGCACUGGUUAUGUGAGUAAAUUUGACGGUCAGUACGUCAUCUCAACAAAUAAUCACGUUAUCAGAAAUGAUAAAGAGGCUAAAAGAUGUCUGAUUGAAUUCAACUACGACAGCGAGGACAGGUCAAAUAUAAUUCAGUGUGAGGGCACUGGCCUAUUGGAGACUUCGGAGCUAUUAGACAAAACCCUGAUUUCAUUUCUACCAAUACCGAAAAUGAUCCAAGAAUUAGAUUUGGUUGAGGACAGUUUAUUUAUGCCGGAUGUCAUGGCGGUAAAUCAAAAUGGUGUCCAGGAGCGAUCGAACGCUCUUACUAUGCCGUAUAAGGUCAAUGAUUGCGCACUGUUAGCCAUACCUCAUUGCUUUGACCUAAAUAAAUUGACAGAUAUUACCAUACCAUUUUUUGAUGGCACCAGAAGCGAAUUGGCAAGUAACUUUAUAAAAUUUCAACCUAUUCCAGAAAUCUUAAUGGCGGUCAAUCCAGCCGGGGAAUAUCUUGCACCAACGGCUACCGUUAGGAUGCUGGACGAAAACAGUCAGAUAAGAACAGCGACUGGAACUGUAGAGAAAAUAUCUGAUCAGAUUUGCAUUUGUCUUCCAAAACCACUCACCGAACAAGAAGCAAAGAACUGCCAAAUACAAUUUGCAGACGGAAGUAUUAGUACCGGAGUUGGCGUGUAUUUCAAAAACACCACUUUGUUCACGGCAAACAUCAAAGGUCUUGACAUGGACUUUAAACAUAUGUUAAAUACAGGAGGCUUUGAAGCACUUAGAUUAGCCACCACUCCGUUCUGGAUGGUUCCCUUUAAACCGCCACCCAAGGACGUAAUUGAUCAUUUGAAUUUACAGGAUGAGUUAUCCGCCCAUUGUCCAAUAAAAACCGUUGUCAUCGUAGGGCAUCCGCAUGGUUGGAGAAAGAUGGUAACCUUCGGGCGUGAUCUGGGUAUUAAUCUAGACCUGACGGGGGCAGAAUAUCGAUGUAGUGUAUCGUAUACUGGUAAAACCUGCCCCGGGUCAAGCGGAUCCCCAGUAUUGUAUCUACGUAGUUUUAGAUGUUAUAUUCAUCAUGGCGGCCAGAGAGCCGGUGAAUAUGGUACAGAGAUCGUUGAAACCAGUAAUGUCAACAAGGCAUGGUGGUGGAAACAAUAUCUUACCACUCUUUUCUUGAAACGCUGACAUUUGCAUGACGACAUACACGGUUAUUGAUUGUGCUUCCUUGCUGUUUUAACCGGUGCUAUGUUUAUGCUGAAUGUAAUGUGUUCUUUUGUUUAAUGUGGAAAGAUUACCAUGCAUAUAAAUAUUCAAAGCGUUAUGCUGCCCUGGCCAACUCCUGCCCCUCGUAUUGUGCAUAUGUCUUGUAAAGCUGAAGGAAAGCCAACUUCCAACAUAUAAGGUAUAACGACUCGCUAAACAGUAGUGUGUGUUUAGUCGUUCGAAUGGGACAAUUUCAAGAUGCAAGAAAAGGAGCAGCCAUGUCACAAUUAUCUCUUCUAAUAUGACCAUACGUUAGUUAGAGGGAAGUAUUCUACAGUGCCCAGCUUAUUGUUUCCUACCUGUUAACUGGUUCCUAAUUUCCUCAUAGUUACAGUGUCAGUUGUCGUCUACUGGGUAGGGGGCGCAUUUCAUUUCCGGGGCUCCUGAAACCACUUCACAUAUCAUUAAGUUCUUAUACGCGUGAAUUUUAAACUAAUCCUUGAUGCCACUUCUCAUUUCUGCGGACCUAAAAUUAAGUUCACGUGUCGACUAUUAGUUCUAUCUUCAGACUUAAAAUUUGAAAUGUAGAUAAAUGCCCACUUUUUUAAAACAAAUAAAAAACCCCAGGACACACUUCAGGUAAAACAGGUUUAUUAUUAGGAACAUUAUGUAAACAUACAAUACAUUGUUAUACAGGUGCGUAACUACCAGGCUACACCAUGCGGUCCAUUCCAUGGGCUGGCAACAACCCCAUCUCUCUACCGUAUUCAGCGACUGAACUUAAUACUUGUGGUCGUAUCGUUUUAACCUCCUUCAUAUCGUUUGUUCAUUUAUUUAUUGUUUUUGUUUGUUUGGUUUUUUUCAAUCGUAUCAAAUAUUUAUUUUUAUUUCUUUGUACCAUUUUAUUUCUGCCGUUAAUUUAUAUAUGUACAUUGCUAUGAGAUUUUCUUCUCCCUGACAAAAUAAAUUAUUUUCCCCGUGUCAUUGACGUGUUUCCGUAUACUAGGCAGGACCCCUCUUUUCAUCAAUUCUGCAAAAAGCCUCGCCACUAACCGAUUAAAUCAAUCAAAAUAAUGCUGGUGUUUCUCUUUUAAGAACCUGUUUGUGAUGAGGAGUGUAAGAUGUCAUGCUGGCAUUUGUAUCGAGGCGCUGUGUCUUGGUCGUGUGUGGGAAUACCCAGUAGAAAUUACCUACACAAUGUUUGAUAUAGUUUGAUCUGUUUGCUAUUAGGCCAGAAUGCCAUGUGUAAGUUAAAUCAAGAUUGUUCAAAUUAGAUUGUAUACAAAAUUCUGAUAAGAUUUAUUUUCUUCUUGAAAGGGUUUAGGUCGCCUUCCAUAAAAAGAUGGAACUUUUUACAUAUUUAUUUUUAGUAUAGCAACAAUCAGCUGUUUAACAAAGAGAUCUUUAUUUGUAUAAGGGCAUGGUGUUGUAAAAUUAUAAUUUAUUGUUAUAUGUUGUAAGCUUGUAAACCCACCCAUCACAAAUCAAAUAUAAACACGAAACAAA